AUGAACAUGGAAGAAAUGGAGGGGACUGAGACUGGGACUGAGAGAGAGGAUUUGGAACCACGGCAGAAUUGGGAUGAAAGUGAGGAGGAUUCAAAGAAAAUCCAAUCAUGGACAAAGCAGAUCACGUUACGGGGACUGAUUGCAAGCAUACUGAUUGGAGGCAUCUACAGCAUCAUAGCCAUGAAACUAAACCUUACAACUGGACUUACUCCUCACCUCAAUGUCUCCGCUGCUCUUCUCGCAUUUGUGUUCAUGCGUACAUGGAUAAAGUUGCUUUCCAAAGCCGGAAUUGCCUCAGCUCCUUUCACUCCGCAGGAGAAUACUAUGAUACAAACCUCUGCAGUCGCAUGUUAUAGCAUUGCUGUUGGAGGCGGAUUUGGGUCUUAUCUCUUGGGAUUAAACAAGAAGACAUAUGAGCUGGCAGGAAUUGACACUCCAGGAAAUUCUCCAGGGAGCUACAAGGAACCUGGGAUUGGUUGGAUGAUCGGCUUUCUUUUCCUAGUUUGUUUCAUUGGUCUCUUUGUUUUGAUUCCUCUCCGAAAGAUCUUGAUAGUUGACUAUAGAUUGACCUUUCCAAGUGGAAUGGCAAGUGCAGUUCUUAUCAAUGGAUUUCAUACACUUGGAGACAAGAUGGCUAGGAAGCAAGUACGCGGGUUCAUGAAAUUCUUCUCAUUCAGUUUUUUGUGGGGUUUUUUUCAAUGGUUUUACACUGGAAAAGAAGAAUGUGGAUUCUCACAGUUCCCUACUUUGGGAUUGCAAGCUUGGAGGCAAACAUUCUACUUCGAUUUUAGCAUGACAUACGUGGGAGCUGGAAUGAUCUGUCCCCACGCAGUGAAUUUGUCUCUGCUUCUUGGAGGUGUACUCUCAUGGGGUAUGAUGUGGCCACUUAUUCAUAAACUUAAAGGAGAUUGGUUUCCUGCUGAUUUACCAGAAACCAGUAUGAAGAGUCUAAAUGGUUACAAGGUUUUUGUCCCCAUUGCUCUCAUUCUAGGAGAUGGCCUUUAUAAUUUCAUCAAGAUCAUGCUCUUCACACUCAUAAAUAUCCACGGGAGAUUGAAACAAAAAAACCUCAACUCAGCUGCUGGUAGCCAGAACAAGGCCCUUGGUGAUUUAAAACAAGACGAAGUCUUCAUCAGAGAAACCAUUCCCAUGUGGAUAGGAGCUGUUGGCUACGUCGCCUUCGCCAUUAUUUCUAUCAUUGCCAUUCCGUUCAUAUUCCCUGAGAUUAAGUGGUAUUAUGUCAUCGUAGCCUACGUUUUUGCACCAUCUCUAGCCUUCUGCAAUGCAUAUGGAGCUGGUCUGACUGAUAUAAAUAUGGCAUACAAUUAUGGUAAAGUGGGUCUAUUUGUGCUAGCUGCAUUGGCUGGAAAAGAACACGGCGUGGUGGCAGGGAUGGCUGGGUGUGGUCUGAUCAAGUCUGUUGUUUCUGUUUCUUGCAAUCUGAUGCAAGAUUUCAAAACAGGUCAUCUUACUUUCACGUCCCCUCGGGCAAUGCUUCUGAGUCAGGCCAUUGGCACAGCUAUAGGUUGCAUAGUGGCCCCACUCAGCUUCUUUCUAUUCUACAAAGCGUUUGAUGUGGGCAAUCCAAAUGGAGAGUUUAAGGCUCCUUUUGCAAUAAUUUACAGAAACAUGGCGAUUCUUGGUGUUGAAGGCUUCUCAGCUUUGCCCCAGCACUGCUUGCAACUUUGUUACGGUUUCUUUGCCUUUGCAAUUGUAAUUAACCUUGUGAAAGACUUUUCUCCGAAGAAGAUAGGGAAGUGGAUGCCAAUACCAAUGGCCAUGGCAGUACCCUUCUUAGUUGGCGCUUACUUCGCUAUAGACAUGAGUAUUGGUACUCUGGUUGUGUUUGCAUGGCAAAAGCUUAACAAUCAGAAGGCAGAGCUGAUGGUUCCAGCAGUUGCUUCUGGUUUAAUCUGCGGUGAAAGUAUGUGGAUCCUUCCUGCAUCAUUUCUUGCCUUGGCUAAAAUCACUCCCCCCAUUUGUAUGAAAUUCUUGGCUUCUUAGUGAUAGUUAAAAUAAAGGGUGGCUCAACUCCACCAGACUUCUAUCACUGCAAGGUCUAGAGAGGGAACAAGAUGUAUACAGCCUUAUUUCUGCAUGUGGAGAUACUAUUUCUGUGACUCGAACCACCCUUGAAGCUCAAAUUAUAAUGAAGCACUACUUUGCGUAGCACCAAAGCCCACCCUCUUUAUAAAGAUAGGUCUGUUUUUAAACUUUGUUCUAAGUGUCUUAAGUUGGUGUGUAAAGGACUUUGAGGUCCCCUAAAGUAAUUCUGUUGAGGGGAAAAAAUGAGUCACACAAAGAUGAUGAAUGUAAG